UUACUGUAAAUAGAAAUUCAGUAUGUGUGUGAUCAAGUAAGACGCAGGACGUCUUGUCAUCAGUUUUCAGCAAAAAAAUACUGCAGUAUUCCAUAAUCUGGAGUUUUUAAUAAAACCAAGUUAAUAAACUUUAUAUAAAAUAGAUAUUUAGAUAAAUAUCACAACAAUGGCAUCGCCAAUAUUAAAUCCGGAAAUUCCUUAUGUCGGUGAAGUGCUCGGCGGUUUAUCACCAGGCAAGAUGUUGAAAGUUCAUGGAUCAACACCCCCAGACGCUGUGCGAUUUGCAAUAAACUAUCAGUUGGGCCCAAAUAUAAAUCCACGUGAUGACAUUGCCAUCCACUUGUCACCUCGAUUCCAAGAUGGUUUCAUUACAAGAAACCACAUAAAAUCAAUGUCCUGGGGACCUGAAGAAAACAGCGGGCCUAUGUGGAUACAACCUGGCCAAGAAUUCGAGAUAAUUAUUCUCUGUGAGCCACUGCAGUAUAAAAUAGCCAUCAAUGGCAGACAUUUUACUCAAUUUGCUCACCGAUUACCUUAUCAGAAAGUCACACAUCUCGUAAUUGAUGGUGAUGUUGAAAUAAAAUCAAUUCAUUUUGAGUCUAUCGGUGCUCCGCCUUCAGCUAGAGUUGCUUCUGCCCCUGAUGUACCUGCUCCCGAUUUCGGAGCACCUGGACCAGGAGGAUUAUAUCCUAGUUUGAAACCAGAUGCACCACCAUCGGGUGGCUAUGGCCAUCCUGGAGGUUAUGGACCACCUCCAGAUGCUUAUGGUAAUUCAGGAGGUUACAAUCCACCUAGAGCAUACGGUUAUCAGCCGGGUUAUGCAGAACCUGAGGAAGAAGAAGCAUUCGGUGGCUGUUUAGACAAAGUUGGUCUGGCUGUUGGUGGAUUGAUUGCUGCUGGAGGUGUUGCUGCUGCUAUGCACGCUUACAAUAAAAAGAAACACGAGCACGAUGAGCCGGAGCAUGAAAAAUCCGAUUCCUCAAAAACUGAAAGUGACGGCGGUGGAUUGAAUUUGGGUGCUCUAGGUGCUGCGUUAGCCAGUAGUCUCGCUGCCAAUGCUCUUCAAGGUGAGAUGGGCCGUGGACAGCAUCAAGGAUAUCCUGCACAAGAGAGUGGAGGCGGUGGGAUGCUUGGAUCUCUUCUCGGCGCACUUGGCGGAGGAGGUCAUCAUCAGCCAGCUCAGGCACCUCCACCCCUACCAGUUGAUCCGAUGGGAGGAUUUGGAUCCAUUCUCAGCGGUGUCCUUGGAGGUGGUGGUGGACAUCAACAGCAUUCAGGAGGAUAUCAACCUACCGGAGGUUACGGUUCUCAGAAUCAAGGAUCAGGAGAUUUAUUGAGUGCUCUCGGGUCGUCUUUAUUCAGCUCAGCUCUAGACGGUCUCUCUAAGCACAAGUCACACGAUAAUCAUCCGUCACAACCACCACCGCCGGCAUAUCAUCAGAGCUACGGUCCUAGGAAUGAUCCGCCUUCACCACAGCCGCCUCCACGCGCUCCUACAUCACCGCCUGCAUCAGGCGGGAAAUUAUCUGCCGCUGAAAUAUCCAAAGGACUUGGACUCAGUGACGAUGAAGAAUAAAAUAUAUAUUUUAGUUAUUUAAAACAAAUAUAUAUAUUAUAUUAACAAUUAAUUGUUCAAAUCGUGCUUCUAUUAACGGCGAUAAAAUUUCAAAACGUCACCGCAAGCUUCGUAAAAAUUUUAUCCAGUAGAAAAUAAUUGUAAAAAUAAGAAUCUCAAAUGAGAUAACGAUCAAUACGGUACAAUUUUUAUUUUUUUUUUAAUUGAUUUUAUUUUAUACGCACAAUUUAUUUAUUGCUUACAAAAUAAUGAAUCAAAAUUAAAAACAUUAAAAUAUAGCAGCUAAUUAAAUACAAAUUAGUAAUUAUCAAAAAAAUUAUUAUAUUUUUUGAUAGAUAAAUAUUGUUAUU